UUGACUAAACUACACGUAUUUUUUUAGUAUAAACAUUAUAACUAAAACGUAGUGCAAAAAUAUUGUUCUUUAAGAAUUCACGUUCUGUUUCUUAUUUGUUAUAAGUCUUAAUAAUACUGCGAUAUCAAAUUAUAGCAUAUUUAAUAAAUGAAACAAAUUAUUUUGAAAAUUACAAUAUAUAUUCGCACUAAAACAUGUCCUUGUAGAUUUCUACAUACGUAUUUUUAAUAUAAAAUCGUAGGUUUUGUGAAGUGAGAGCUAUUUAGUUUCAUGGAAAAGAAAAAAAUAACAUUCUGAUUAAUACAUCAGCUUUAAUUUAGGCGAUUGUUUCAAUGGGGUGGUGCUUUUUGUAUUAAAUAAGCAGUGAUUUAAAUCAGGCCAAAAUAUGAAUGAAACAAAUGUUGGUCCCAUUACGCCUCUUAUGAUCAAUAAAAAUCAUAUAGUAAAAGAAGGAUGGCUCUACAAAAGAGGAGAACACAUAAAAAAUUGGAGACCUAGAUAUUUUGUACUACUCGAUAAUGGUGCCCUAAUAGGAUUUAAAAACAAACCCGAUGAUUAUUCAAAUGUGGAGCCUUUAAACAAUUUUACCGUUAAAGCCUGCCAAAUUAUGUCCACAGACAGACCUAAGCCUUAUACUUUCAUUAUAAGAGGCCUCCAGUGGACCACUGUUAUCGAAAGAAUGUUUCAUGUUGAACUAGAACAAGAAAGAGAAGAGUGGGUGGCAGCUAUUAAAAUGGUAUCAGAGAAAUUGAGUGAGUGUGAAGAUGUGGAAAUGAAUCCCGCGAAUCAAGAAACAGGAACGAUGGAAGAUUUAUGUGAAAAAUUCUCAUUACAGGGGACGUCUAUAUCUAAGUCCACUGGUAAAAGAAAAGUGACUUUGGAAAGUUUUGAAUUUAUCAAAGUGUUGGGUAAAGGAACCUUCGGAAAAGUGAUUCUGUGUAGAGAAAAAGCUACAGGCAGAUUGUUUGCAAUAAAGAUUCUGAAAAAGGAAGUUAUCAUCCAGAAAGAUGAAGUUGCUCACACACAAACAGAAAACCGCGUUUUAAGAAGUACUCAUCAUCCAUUCUUAACGUCAUUGAAAUAUUCCUUCCAAACCAAUGACAGGCUAUGUUUCGUGAUGGAAUACGUGAAUGGCGGGGAACUAUUCUUUCACCUGUCUCGAGAACGGGUCUUCUCGGAAGACAGAACUAGGUUUUAUGGUGCCGAAAUUAUAUCCGCUCUUGCCUACCUUCAUUCACAGGGAAUUAUUUAUAGAGAUCUAAAAUUAGAGAACCUGUUACUGGACAGGGAUGGGCACAUAAAAAUUGCCGAUUUCGGUCUGUGUAAGGAGGAUAUUACUUACGGCCGUACUACGAAAACAUUCUGCGGAACCCCAGAAUAUCUGGCACCUGAGGUGCUGGACGAUAAUGAUUACGGACGUGCUGUCGAUUGGUGGGGUACUGGGGUCGUCAUGUAUGAAAUGAUGUGUGGAAGACUACCUUUUUACAAUAGAGAUCACGAUGUACUCUUCACGUUGAUUUUAAUGGAAGAAGUAAAAUUUCCUAGAAAUUUAAGCUCAGAAGCUAAAGAUUUGUUGGCGGGUUUAUUAAUCAAAGAUCCCACGAAAAGAUUGGGUGGCGGCCCUGAAGACGCAAAGCAGAUCAUGGCACAUCCAUUCUUCAGCAGUAUCAACUGGAGAGAUUUAGAACAGAAAAAGAUUCCCCCUCCGUUUAAACCCCAAGUCACGAGCGACAUAGACACGCGAUAUUUUGAUUCUGAAUUUACUGGGGAAAGUGUAGAAUUGACACCUCCGGACAAUACGAGGCCGUUAGGAUCCAUUCAAGAGGAGCCUUACUUCCCGCAGUUCAGUUUUCAGGAUCUAUCUUCGACUCUUGGAAAUUCGGCAUAUAUCGGUGGAAGCAUGACGAGUGUCGCUCCUAUGCAAUGAGGUCUUACUAACUAGGAUUGCUGGUACUUACAUAAUUAAAAAAAAUGGAGAAAGAAGGGGUGUGUUUGUUAUCAUUUUUGUGAUAAUCUAUCUUUUAUACAUAAUGUAAAUAGUAGGAAUUUUCAGUUUUAGCGAAUGUUUUAUUGAACAUUGUAUAUAUUGUGGAACGAAUAAAUGCCAAUAUUAAUGAAUUAUAUUUCUAUUGUAACUGGUAUUUAUCUGUAUAUUUCAUUUUGGCCUGUUACAAGUUGUCAAUUUAAGAUUUGUAUUUUAUGUUGAUCUGAAAAAUUUAAUUCCUUUAUGUUUUAAUUAUGAAAUCCAUUGAGAAAAAUAGAAAGAAUAAAAUAACAAAGGUGAAAAAUUUAGUAUUAAAAUUAUAAUAAACAUUUAAAAAAACAUUUGAGAAAUGCAAGGUGUUCCAAUAUUCCACCAACAAAAUUCUACAGUCCACUAAAAAUAAGAAAAAGAGGUCCACAAAUGCUUAAUUUUUAAGGUAAAGUGUGAUAAUUAUAUUAUUUUUAAGGUAAUCUAUAAUUUUAUGUACAGUUGUGGACAAUAAAAAGUUUUCAAAUCAAGCGGUCACCCCUUUAAGUGUUACAAUUUGGUAAACUAUUUUUGUCCAUAAUUAAAUUCAAUAUUUUGAUCGGAAUAAUUUACAAAAUUCCUGUUCAAAAUAAUACAAGAAGGACCUUUUUUAAGCAUGAUCCUUCUAAUCCCUCAAAAUUUUUUUCAUGUUGAAUUUUCUUGCAUUAUAUUCAGUCAAAAUGUCUUACACGUAAAACUUAACAUUGUUUCAAGUUGGUGACUGGGAAACAAACUAAAAUUGAUAAAAGUAACUAAAAAUAAAUAAUAAAACUUUGUGACCGUAUAUCUUAAAAAAGAUCUAUAUUCAUAUGAACUUUUUCUUAUUUUUGGUCAUAAUUAUCUGUGUCAGUGGAAUAUUUUAUAUCUUGUACAUAUAUUCAUUAA